UGUAGCCAGCGCAAGCAGACGCGGCGAAGAAGCGAGUCCUUGGAUAAGCAACCGCAAUCCGAGAGCAAACUCGUUGAGACGGCGCAACGCGGUCGCAUGACGCAAGCUACUUGUGCUGAGCGCGGCGCCGAAUCUCCGCCAAUAGGCAGAGGUCGAGCAGUCGGCUCAUUUUUCGAUUUGGAUUUCCCAUGCCAGGUCCGCUCUGCCUCCUCCAGACGGUCGUCGCCGACGGCCUCUCGCUCGCGACCGGCGUUCCGUCGCGCGGGUCCAUCGGCGCGUUUGCACGCGCGCUCGUUCUCUCGACGCCCCUGCUCUGCCUCCCAUUGCUCGUGUGCUGGAAGCUCGAUGGCGGCUUCGAUCGUCCGUGGACAGAGACGCUGCUCGGGCUCUGGAUCCUGGACGCGACCCUCCUUCUUCGCAGUCUGCUUCCGAUCGGCAAGACGCCGUUUGCCACGCGCCAGCUCGUUGCGCGCGUGCUCUUUGUCGCAACGCACGUGGCCGUGGCCCUGCGCCUCGACGAUCACGUGGAUUGGCACUGGAGCUCCGUCUUUCUCCCCAUGGCACUGAGUCUCUUCUGCGGCGCAUCGCCUGUGCCCGUGCUGCAAGUGCUCCUUCUCGGCCUCCACCUCGACGGAUUCCUCACGUGGUCGUAUCUCGUUCUCUUGGCGCCGAUGUGGGGCCCGCUUCUCGUCGUCGGGGUCGUCCUGCCAAUGGGAGCGCUGUGGACAAGCGGGUCCAUGCGACACAACGUCAUGCGGCUCGUCGCGUCGUGGGCUGCGGCCGCGCUCCUCAUGGGCCCGCCGCUUCUGCUCGUCGCACGGCUCGAGUACGCUUGCUUUCCUGCCAUCUACAUUGCGCUUCCGUGGAUCGUCCUCUACGCGCUCUGCGUGCUUGGGGCGCUGGCUUCGUCGACCAAGAAGGCGUCGCGCCUCGAGACCUUUUUCGUCGUCUAACCCAAUACGAAGCUAUUUAUUUAC